CCAGCUGCACAGACCUGACACCUGUAACCUCCACUGCCACAGUGAUUGUUAAGGCAUUUGUGGGAGGCAUGGAGACGAUAGCAUCAUUUGAAGGCACAUGUGAAGCAGUUGAUUGGCCAGUUCCUGUAAAGGACCACAAAACAGGAUCUUCACAGAUGAUAACCUUCUCUCUAGCCCGCACACUCUACGGCCGUAUACGAGCAAAGCUGAGGGACCUUUUAACUCUAUCCGCUCGAGAAGAAGGUGUGGCUAAGGAUGCUUCUCUUCAGGAGUCUUCAGACACCCUGGAAAAGGCAACUGUUUCAACUGUUGAGGUCCAGUUACCCAGCACCGAACUUAGUAGAGUUCCCAGUGAGAGCCAACCAAUACCAGCUCUCUGUCUCUCCAAUCUGGAUACCAGUACUCAAGAAGUUCUUAGCAGUGUUUUUUCCAUCUACAAGUCAGAGUUAUCAAAAGUGGAGAGUAAAUCCUUGGCCGUUGUCAGUUCAUCUGAUGAGUCCCUAGAGGCUUGUUGGUUUGUUGAUGGUGUCCUAUCAAAGCUCGAUGACUAUACUAUUUCCCAAUCACCCUCACCCAAUGAAGACUUGAGCGUGAGUACUCAAUAUUCUCAACUGAGCUCAGAAGAGAGUGUCAGAAUCACAGAGUCCUCUACUAGUCUGAUUCAGAGCAUUAAGAAGCUCUCUAGCAAUGACUUCCAGACUCAGGCAGAAGAGGCAGUGAGUAAAGUGCUGAUGAGAUCCAGUCAUUCCUUUAUCACACAGAUCAGCCAUACUGGUCUUCAGAAAAGUCUGCAGGCUGGCUUAUCAUCUAGCUCACCAUCAGAGAUCCAUGUCCUUUCAGAAUCCAUGUCCUCCAUGUCCUCUGAGAAUACAGCCUCUGGAUUAGUGGAAACCUUUGUCAAAGGAAUGGUGACUCUUUUCCAGAAAAAUGAGUCCACUGACACUGUGCUACUGGAAAGAAGUGGGAGAGGUUCGCAGUGCUCCCACGGGGGCUCCCAACUGGAUGAUACUGAAUUGAGUGUUAAAAUAUCAGAGGAGAAGCUUUGGUCAACAGCUAAGACCAUCUGCGUCAGUAUGAAGAACACACUUAAGGAUUUCUUCACAGGGCUGAAGCCACCCGGAUCCGAAAGGACAGAAAAUGCUUCUUCCAAAGAGACCCUUGGGGAAAUCCUGGUUGCUAUCCAGAGUGAAAUCUCAAACUUAGGGCGAAUGAAGGAUUCCAGGGAGCUCCUUCAGAUCAAUGAUAUGGUAGGAACUAUGCUGAAGGAGGUUGAGAAAAGUGAGGAUGACAGUGAACAAGUCUGCCAAGACAUCCCUAGAACCUGUUCAUCUUUGUCCACUUCUUUAAAUGGUCGUAGUUCCUUGUCCAGCUCUUCAAAGAGUCCUAGGUCAGAGUGUGAGUUAGAGAUCAACCUCCCUGGCACUCCCAUCCCUGACGAAGUGCUUUUCGAUCUGACCUGCCCCAUCGUCAGGAGCUCCUUCAUCGACACCAGGGUCUCUAAAAUGCCAGAUAUUUCUUCAAGUGACCUAAAGACAAAGAUGAUGGCACACACAGAUGAACGAUCCUCCACUCCUUCUUUCACAAGCAAGGGAACCUCUUUGGUACCAAAGGGAGAUGGGAUUGACAUUGAAGAGAAGGAAGAGUGUAUCCCCAGCAGCUCUGGCCAUCUGAGGGAGCUCUUAAUCACCCCGGACAUCAGCAGUGCCACUGCAUUCCCACUGCAGUACUUGAUGGACUCCAGCAAAGAUGAUGUCAUCUGUUUGGUCACCAUACUGGUGAUAAGGUUGCUAUCGGAGAUCAGACCCUCAGCCCUAGAUGGACCCUCCCAACAGGCAGCAGAUCUGACAGAAACAUCUCAGCAACUCAUCAGACAAGUCCUGUCUGAGUUCUGUGCUGCAUCCAGAUUCUCCAGGACAAAGGCAUAUUCCCAGAACCUGAACAUCCAAAGGGUGUUCAGAGGUGUACAUAAAAACCUCAUGGAGGAGUUUGGCUCUUAUAACACCCUGCAAGCGGCUAUUUCCUCCCAGGACCCUGCAUUUGACAGAGUCCUGGUAAAGUCCUUGACCCAGCAGCUGGUACAGGGAUGCAAGGAGGCGUCAAGACCAGCUUCUGCUGCAACAAACCCAUCAGACCAGGCUGAGACAGAGAGGGGGGCUGAGCAGAAAGCAAGAAGGAGCUUCCUUUGCUUUUCAAUGACCAAACUCAGGAUCAACUUCAAGCGUUCCAAGAGAGGAAACAAAAAGGACUGCCAUUCAGUCCAGGAACAGACUGAGAUUCCCUCUACUGAUGGACAUUGCAUAGCUCCAGUUGGAGAGGAUUCUCCCUCCAUAUCUCAGCCUGUCAAAAAACAAUCCUUGAUUGUCAGGGUCUUUUCAGCAAUGAUGAAGCCAUUCAGGCGCUUCACCAAGAAGAACCUGUAACCUCUUAAGCUGCAUGAAGAUCUACUUUUGUAACAGCAAGACUUUUGAAAAGAGGAAUUUCUGCAUGUCUACCCUUUCAAAGUCUAUUUGAUCAAAUAAAUGCAAAUUAUUUUACAAGAAUUUCAAGUGUUUUGGAAGAUUAGUAAAACUGAAGCAGCUUUUCUCAGAGAAAUGCACUAGUUCUCCCUUGGUUACACAUUUAUUGUGCAGUUUUUGAGUUGGCAGGACUUGGGGCAGCAGGUAGCCUUGUGGUUAGAGCGUUGGGCCAGUAACUGAAAGGUUGCUAGGUCAGAUCCCUGAGCUAACCAUGUAAAAAUAUGACGUUCUGCUCCUGAACAAGGUAGUUAACCCACUGUUCCUAAGCUGUCAUUGUAAAUAAGAAUUUGUUCUGAACUGACUUGUCUAGGAAAAUAAAUAAAAUAACCACAGCUUGACUCUAAUACAAUAGUUGCUGCAUAGACUGUCAGAUAACCAGAUGUCUAUGCAUUUAGUUCGAUUGGUAAGAGCUUAUUAGCAGCAAGGGGAAAACACAUAGAGGAGAAUUAGCUAUCUGCAGCUAGAUGUUUUGUAUAUGUUG